GUAAUCACCGAAAGCUAGAGUCCAGACUCCGCCAAAUCACCCAGCCAAAUUGCUGGAAACAUAAUUUUCUGCUGCUCGAAACUUCGAUUUCUUUGGGAUCCGCAGUGAUCCUACCGGCAACUCAUCUCUCCUGCCACCGCCUCUUAUCCCUUAGUUCAUUCCCAUUUGAAGCGCCAUUACUGACCACAUAACUCACUAACUCCGCUCUACCUCCAUGGCGACUGUCGCGGUGAUUUCGCCUCCGCCUCUUCGCAUCGCCGCCCGCUCAGGCUUCACAGUGAAGAAGCAAAAGAGCAAGAAGAAGCGCGCAGCCUUGGACAAUGUUCUCCAAGUUGUAAGGUGCGACCGCCAGUUCUUCAGCGAGCGGCUGCGCUUGGCUGCUGAGCCACUCCGUCCAAUCCACGAGUACGUGUCCGGGAUUCUUAGUGACUUCUUCUGGCUCCGAUUCUUCGAAAACCAGGAAGCCCACCACACCCGGCGGCAGCUGUCCUCGUGGCCCAGUGUCUCUUAUCCUCCAGCAGGAUUGUCUGGCUUGGACACAUUAAUGGCUGAUCUCGAAGCACUGAAGUCUUAUGCUGAUUACAUCCAACAUCUUUUUCAAGUUUGGACCAUGCCUCUACCUGAGUUCUAUGACCCUGAAAAAGUCGAAGAUUAUUUCAGUUGUCGACCUCAUGUUUUAAUGUUUAGAAUUCUUGAGGUGCUCUCUUCAUUUUCUUAUGCUGCUAUAAGAUUCCGGCUUGCAAGAAUUCUCAAGUCAAGUACGAAAGAUGUAGGAGAGAAUAGCACCUUGAGUGAUGGAGCAUAUCAUGUUGGUCAGCUUUUAAAAGAAACAAUGUUGAAUCUUGGUCCAACUUUUAUCAAAGUUGGCCAGUCACUUUCUACACGGCCUGACAUAAUUGGUUCAGAAAUUUCCAAGGCACUUUCUGAUUUGCAUGACAAAAUUCCAGCUUUUCCAAGAGCAGUGGCGAUGAAGAUAAUUGAGACAGAACUGGGAGGGCCUGUCCAGAACUAUUUCAGUUACAUUUCCGAGGAGACUGUCGCUGCUGCUUCAUUUGGUCAGGAUCUUUUCUUUCAUUUCUUUGUAGUUGGUUCUGGAGCACAAAGAAAUCUGAGGACUAAUGUAUACUUAUAUUAGCAUGAGCUAAGCUGAUCAAAUAAAUUAAGCAAGGUGAGCUAUGCCACUAUCGAUUGGGUCAUCUGGGCUGGCCAAAUUGAGCCAAACUGUUUCAUUGGAUUAAGUUUCCAUAAGAAGCAGCUUAAAAAGAAUCAUCUGGAGCAAUCAUUUAUGAGUUGAACAAGAAGCGGCUAAGAACUUGACAAAGGGUAACCAUCUAAGGCAAGUUGCAUGCUA